GAAUGUGUCGCGUGGCAAGAGCGAGAUGGAGAAGCCGUACGACGCGUCCCGACUUUAACUUGGCAUAUCCCUAUGAAGAAUUAGCUCCACAAAUCGCAGUGCUGGAACUGAAGGAGUUAACAAGCAGACGGAGGGAGGUGAAGGCAUCGUCUCGCUUCUAUCGCGGCAGAGCGCAGCGCCAGGGUCUGCCCUCUCGUUCCUGCGAGAAGAUCAUCGGAAAGCGAACCGGGGUGUUCCAUGCUCGCCGGGAGUCUAGCGUAGCGGCAAGGAACACGGAGCGAUGGAAGAUGUUGAGACGACACAUCGAGCAGAUGUUGACGGGGAAGGCAUUGAACAGGGGGAGACUGAAGGGCAUGGGUUAAUCGAACGGAUUUUGGAAAAAAAUUGCAAAACAAUGGAACCAGAAAAGGAGAGUCACGGCGAAAGGCGCAACGCUCUCUCUGAAGACGAUGGAACCGAACGCGGGGAGUUGGGCACGAUUCUCGAAGCGACGACGUUGGAAGAGAGGUACGAGCCGCCCCGAGUGGCAGAGUGGGAACAAGAGAAGGGCCCCGACGGAGGGGACUUGGGGCGAGUUGAGCCGCUCGAUAGAUCCGCAUGUUCGUCACCCCGAGGAACGGACGAAACGUCUGACUUGGAGACGUGCCGAGAGAUGGAAAUUGCAGAAAUGAACAACGAAAUGAAGAGAGAACGUCGCAACAGCGGGGGGAACGAGGUGGAAGAUUUACACGUGCUGCAGGCAACGCGACAGCCGGAGAAGCUGACGCUGGGUCCACCCAAGGCCCUUCCCAAAGCGCCGUGCGGCCACGUCAAAUUACGCAACCGGGAAUCCGGCUCCGUGCUUCCUGACACGCUGCAUCUCUCUGCGCUCGGGGCGAUGUGGCGCGUGCCGUGCGGGGAGUGGGCCUGCCACAGCUCGGUGAUGUAUCCGGAGCAGAUCGUGCGCGUCCCACGAGAGGCUCCCCGACCGGCACCGGAGCUCCUCGGCCUCGCCACGGAGUUCCUCUCUCAGUACUACUCCUCCAUCAAGCGGCUGGGCUCGCGCGCUCACCUGGAGCGGCUGGAGGAGGUUCGGCGCGAGGUGGAGCUCACGGCCGCCUACCGCCUGCACGACACCGAGCUCGUGUUCGGGGCCAAGACCGCGUGGAGGAACGCGUCUCGCUGCGUGGGACGCAUCCAGUGGGCCAAGCUGCAGGUGUUUGACGCCCGGUGCUGCAAUGCCGCGCACGAGAUGUUCAACUAUAUCUGUAACCACAUCAAGUAUGCCACCAAUCGUGGAAACCUCAGGUCGGCCAUCACCAUCUUCCCUGCACGCACGGGUCCGGGAAACGACUUCCGCAUAUGGAACAGCCAGCUGAUCAGCUACGCCGGCUACCAAAGGGAGGGCGGCUCCGUCACCGGCGAUCCGGCCAAUGUGGAAUUCACGGAGAUCUGCUCGCGGCUGGGCUGGAGGGGCCCGGGCGGUCGGUUUGACGUGCUGCCGCUGGUACUGCAGGCGGGCAGCUCCAAACCCGAGCUCUUUGAGAUCCCUGCGGAGAUGGUUCUGCAGGUGCCUCUGCGCCACCCCAGGCUGGAGUGGUUCACGGAGCUGGGCCUGCGCUGGUACGCACUCCCCGCCGUCUCCUCCAUGCUGCUGGAGAUGGGCGGUCUCGAGUUCCCCGCCUGCCCGUUCAGCGGGUGGUACGUGGGCACCGAGAUCGGCGUGCGGGACCUCUGCGACUCCGGCCGCUACGACGUGUUGAAGGCGGUGGCCGUCAGGAUGGGGCUGAACAUCAGAAACGUCUCCUCGUUGUGGAAGGACCAAGCGUUGGUGGAAAUCAAUAUCGCCGUCCUGCACAGUUUCCAGUUGGACCGCGUCACAAUCGUUGACCACCACUCGGUGACUGACUCGUUCAUGAAGCACCUAGAGACGGAGGGCCGCGUUCGGGGUGGCUGCCCGGCCGACUGGGUGUGGAUCGUGCCUCCUAUUUCCGGCUCGCUCACCCCCGUCUUCCACCAGGAGAUGCUCAACUACAUCCUCACGCCGGCCUUCUUCCACCAGCCAGAGGCGUGGAAGAGCUGUAACUGGAAUAACGGGACUGAAACCGGGACAAGGCGAAAGCAGAUCGGAUUUAAAAAGCUCGCCAAGGCGGUGAAGUUUUCUGCUCAGCUCAUGGGCAAGGCCAUGGCUCGCCGCGUCAGAGCCAUCAUCCUCUACGCCACCGAGACGGGGAAGUCCCAGGCCUUCGCUAACUCUCUGUGUGAAAUUUUCAAGCACGCCUUUGAUGCAAAGGUGGUGUGCAUGCAGGACUACGACGUCGUACACCUGGAACACGAGGCCCUGGUGCUGUUGGUGACCAGCACGUUCGGAAACGGGGACCCACCCGAGAACGGCCAGAAGUUUUGGCUGUCGCUGUUGGAGAUGCAGCAUCCUUUGUCGAGCCACGCUGAGGAGCAGGGAUUCAAGGUGAGUCGCGUUCCCCCGCAACUGGAGCACCCACGCGUGGCCUUCACGGAAGGCGCACUCCUUCGCAGCAACACGCUGGAGAGCGCGGAACCACUGGCAAAUGUCAGGUUUUCGGUGUUCGGUCUGGGCUCCAGCGCCUACCCCAGGCUGUGUGCGUUUGCCCGGGCCCUGGACGGGAUGCUGGGCACUCUGGGUGGCGAGCGCAUCAUGGCUCGAGGAGAGGGGGACGAGCUGUGUGGACAGGAGGAAGCCUUCCGCUCGUGGGCGCGCGGGGCCUUUGAGGCGGCGUGCGACGUCUUCUGCGUGCGGGAGGACGUGAACCUGGAGCAAGCGAGCGCCACGCUGCUGUACGCUGAGAGCGACUUCAAGCCGGAGCGAUAUCGUCUCGUGCCCGUCUCGUCCCGCCUCUCCCUCGAGCAAGGCUACACCUGCACGCACAGGAAGAAAGUCGUCGGAGCCAAACUGCUGUCUCGCCAGAACCUCCAGAGUCCAGACUCGGGACGCCGCACCGUGCUGAUCCGACUGGACACGCUCGAGCAGCGCGAGCUGCGCUACCGGCCGGGCGACCACGUGGGCAUCUUCCCGGGCAAUGCAGCCGCCCUGGUGCGCCGGCUGAUGAGACGGAUCGAGGGCACCCCUCAAGCCGAGCAGGUGGUGAGCGUCGAGUGUCUGGAAGAGACGACGACGCCGACGGGAACGGUCACAAAGUGGGUCGAGGUCUCGAGGCUGCCUCCCUGCACCAUCUCGGACGCUCUCUCGCGCUUCCUGGACAUCAGCUCUCCACCCAGCGCUCGCUUCCUGCAGCAGCUGGCCUCGCUGGCGGCUGAUGUGACCGACCGGGACUCCCUGUUGCAGCUUGGCAAGGGAGGACCGGAAUACGAGACGUGGCGACGCGAGGGAAAUUGCACCAUCCCGGAGGCCCUGGACCAGUUCCCAUCCGUCCGUGUCCCAGCUUGCCUCCUGAUUACCCAGCUUCCUUUGCUGCAGCCGCGCUACUAUUCCAUCAGUUCGUCUCCUCACUUGUACCCGAGGCAGAUUCACCUCACCGUCGCCGUGGUGAAAUACCGCACGCGAGGCGGGGAUGGACCGGUGCGCAACGGCAUUUGCUCGACCUGGCUCGAGGCCGUCGAGCACGGAGAAGAGGUGCCCUGCUUCGUGCGAGCAGCACCUCGGUUUCACUUGCCCUCUGACCCCUCCCUCCCAUGCAUUCUGAUUGGCCCAGGCACAGGCAUCGCACCUUUCCGGGGCUUUUGGCAACAGAGAUUGUUCGACAUGCAAACAACCGGGGUUCCUUCACCCGCAAUGGUGCUCGUGUUUGGCUGUCGGAGUGAAUCUCACGACCACAUCUACAAGGAGGAGAUUAAAGAUGCCCUGCAGAAGGGCGUCCUCAAGUCUGCUCAUGUGGCCUACUCUAGGCAGCCAGGCUGUCCCAAGCGCUACGUGCAGGACGUGGUGCUGGAGGAACUCGGUGAGGAGCUGUCCAUGGUGCUGAGCGACGUCGGCGGCCACGUGUACGUGUGCGGUGACGUCACCAUGGCGCAGGGCGUGCAGACGGCGCUCCAGGAGGUGCUGGGGCGCACCAGGGGCCUGAGCCCACAGCAAGCCGCCCAGCUGCUCAGCACCAUGAAGGACAAUAAUCGAUACCACGAAGACAUCUUUGGAGCAAAGUAUUCUUCGCUUGAUAGCUCCAACCCAGGAUAUACUCCGGGAACUAAGUGAUCAAUGAAACAAAAAUGAAAUGCAGUGACAACUAUUAACUGUGGUGAAUUGAAUGGAUGAAUCCUGACUGGAUUAGCUGUUGGAAAUACAAUUGGUAACGUUUGCUUUGUGAUGUUUGUGUUUUAUGUCUGAUUGGCAGUGUAACCAGGCUGCAUUGCUACUAUCUCGUGUACAAUUGUUUGGCAUGCGAAGUCAUAUUGUUACGUUGUGCUCGCACAAUAUUGUGUUAGAAAAGUAAUGCCACGGCAUGCAUGGCAUUAACGAUUACGAACGACAAUAAA